UCUCCUGAUGUCUGCACAGGACUCAACUCUGAGAUGAUCCAACAGAAACAGGACCGGUCCAGACCUGAACCAGGUCCUGCAGGAACAGUCGCUGCUGAACCUGCCGACAGCGCGGACCCCGGCCCGACAGCAUCCGAGCCUGAGAGGACUCCGCCGGAUAAUCCAAACGGACUGACGCAUUAAAUCGCUAUCAAGUACGAUCCCAACUCCAGCAACAGACUGAUCAGCAGCAGCAAGCCUACACCGCCUUCCUCUUCUUCUUCAUCACCUCCUGCUGGUGUUCCUGCUCCGUCAUGAAACCGCCUGCAGGCCCUCCCUCCCCCUCCCCUCAGAGGAAGAGGAGGAGGUCAGACAGUCUGGAAGAAUGUCCCAUACCUGUCGACGUCGACACACCUGAGAGAGUAGAGAAGAAGAAGAAGAAGAAGAAAAACAAGAGGGAGGAAGAGGAGGCCAGUCUUCCUCCUCCUGCUGCUGAUGGAGAUUUGAGCUGCCAGCAGGAGGAGAAGAAGAAGAAGAAGAAGAAGAAGAGAAAGGACAGGCAGGAGGAGGAGGAGGAGGAGGAGACACAGGUCGCUGUAGAAACCGACGAAGCAGAAAAGAAGAAGAAGAAGAAAAAACACAAGAACAGACUGAGUGAGGAGAACGUCGUCAUGGUAACAGCAGACCACAGCAACAGAGAGGAGGAGAAGAAGAAGAAGAAGAAGAAACAGGAUGUGAGCAUCGCCACGGUAACAACAGACCACAACAACGGAGAAACAGACUCCAACAAAACCGGGAUGGAGGAGGAGAAGAAGAAGAAGAAGAAACAGGAUGUGAGCAUCGCCACGGUAACAACAGACCAUAACAACGGAGAAUCAGACUCCAACAAAACCGGGAUGGAGGAGGAGAAGAAGAAGAAGAAGAAGAAGAAACAGGAUGUGAGCAUCGCCACGGUAACAACAGACCACAACAACGGAGGAACAGACUCCUUGGUUUCCGUGGAAACUGACAACACUGGAAUGAAAGAAAAGAAGAAGAAGAAGAAGAAGAAAGAUGGGAGUGUGGUGGAGAUGAUGUCACAGGAAGGAGAGGCUGUGGUGGCGAGGAAGAGGAGAAGAGAGGGGGCCGAGAGGAAGAGGAGGAGAGAGGAGAGGACGGGAGGAGGGAGAGAGGCGGAGAGGAAGAGGAGGAUGACAGGAAAAGGAGGAGCAAAGCAGACACAGAAAAGAAGAGCAGCUGCAGAAGAAGAUCAGUUGGACUGGGCGUUGGUGGAGGAGCUGCAGGAGUUUGUUCCCGACGUCAAGAAGAAAUCAGUCGAUCAGAUCAAUAAACUGCUGCGAUACGACCUGCACCGCUUCAAGUGCUUCAAACAGCAAGGUGUGUCUCUGCGUCGGGGCCGAUGCUCUCAGGAGGAGAAUCAGCGAAUCAGAGAGAACGUUGCAGACUUCCUGGCUUUGACAGGCCUCAGCUCGGCCAAUCAGCUUCUGUUUCCUCAAAGGUUCAAAGAGGAGGAGGCGGAGAUCAAGAAGCUGAGAGCACGACAUCACUUCCUGGAGAAGAUUGCUGAAGGGAUUCCUCGGACGUGUCAUCAGGUUCACACCAGAGCCAAGAAGAUGUUUGACGACAGGAACCACAUGGGAAGGUUCUCAGAGGAGGAGGUGCGUUCUCUGACGAAGUUACAGAACCUCCAUGGUAACGACUGGAAGACGAUCGCUGAGAAGAUGGACCGCAGCGUCUACGCCUUACAGAAACGCUUCGCCAACAUCGCUGCAGGUCGUGGUUCGUGGAGUCCAGAUGAGGAGUCCAGGUUGAAGCAGGCUCUGAAGGCUCACUUGGAGGUUCUGGUCCAACAGAGUCCUGCAGGUACUGGUCUGAGCAGAGACCAGCUGUGUAACAACCUGCCCUGGAAGGAGAUCAGUCAGCAGGUUGGGACCAGAUCCUGGGGCCAGUGUCGACUCAAGUGGUUCACCAUCCUGAAGUUGAAACUGUCUUCAGGUGUCAGCACCUUCAACAGAGGAGCUGAAGGACUUCAGGCUAAAAUCCACCUCAUCAACACGUUGUACAACAUGCGUGUGGAUGAUGCAGCAGACAUCGACUGGGACAAGGUCGCUCAGACUGUUGGUAAAGUGACUUCUGUAUGUGUUCAGAAGAGUUUCCACAGACUGAAAGUUUCCAGAGUUCCCAACUGGACCAGUUUAUCCUACGGAGAGAUCAUCGACUUCCUGCAGAAGAGAGUCGUUCCUCUCCUGAAGGAGAAACUGAGGACGUUCAGCAGAGAGGCAGUGCAGCAGGAGGCGCAGGAGGAGAACAGGUACCUGCUGUCUGAUAUCUUCACCUCACAGGACGACGAGGAGUACACGGAGGUGGACAACAGUCAGCUGACCUCCAGCCAAUCAGGACACUGAUGGAUGUAGAGACAACAGAAACAAAGAGGAAGGCCCCGCCCCUCCUUCAAUGUGAUUGGCUGUCAGUGGACUAACUUCCUGUCAGAGUUGGACUGAACUGAACAAACUGAAACAUGUUGAACCAGAUUGAAUCCUGACAGGAAGUGGAUGAAUACUGUCUUUUAUUUUGAAGGUCCUGAUUAUCAGGCUCAUAUUUCUGUAACGUUUUUGAUGUUUUAUAUCUUUAACUUUCUAAUGAAAUUAACUUUUUUUCA